UCAGUUAUUGUUCUCCGAGGUGGGCAUCAAACGCUUACACAAAAUUCUUCACUUCGAUCAUAAUACUGCAUUUACGCUAAACAGACAAACGCCAUACAUUUCGCUCGUAUAGUUUAUAUGGUUAAAACGAGGACCAAUCAUGGGUUUGGUAGACAUGUACAAUUAUCUUAACACAGAAUUAGCUGACAAACGAUCAAAUGAUUGGAUACUCGUUAGUUCGCCUAUACCGGUUAUUCUCAUUACAUUUGCGUACUUGUACUUCGUUCUACGAUACGGCCCAAGAUUCAUGGAAAACAGAAAGCCGUACUCGUUGCUCACGUUUAUUAGAUUUUACAACAUAUUUCAAAUCGUGGCGAAUGCUGCGAUAGUAUACCAUAUAUUAGACGCUGGAUGGUACCAGGACUGUUUUAUUUAUUGCGUCGUACCUGAUUAUUCGACCAAUCGUAACCCAAUGAAGCUGGUUAGAAUAUCAUGGUACUUGCUGUCUUUGAAAAUAAUUGAUUACAUCGAGACUGGCGUAUUCGUACUCAGGAAGAAAUGGAAUCAAAUUUCAUUCCUGCACUUGUACCAUCAUGUUUCCACAGUAGUGUAUAUGUGGUUCAUAUUGAAAUAUUUUACUUGCAACAUGUCGAUGACGAUUGGUCUUCUCAAUAGUGCAGUGCAUGUAAUAAUGUACAGUUAUUACUAUUUGGCUUCUAUUGGACCACACGUUCAAAAAAAGCUUCAAGUAUUGAAACAAUCCAUUACCAUCAUACAAUUGACACAAUUCGUCAUAAUGAUAUUAUACAUGUCACAGGCUUUCAUACCUGGCUGUCCGGGCAUGAGAAUACCAUCCGCAGUAAUGUUGAUUAACAUAUUUAUAAAUUUCUACUUAUUUUAUGAUUUUUAUCAAAAAACUUACACCGUAAAGAAACAGAAGGCCUAAAAUAAAGUUCCCAGCGAAUGACGGAGAAUCUACUGUAAUUAUGAAUACACUCGCGUGGAGACAUGGAUAAUGGCAAGUAGAAUCUCGGUUAUUGCAACCACAAUUAUUGCAUACUGUUAAACAACUGAAGAAGGUGGUC